UCAGGAAGGAGGGCUGCCUGGACCGCUGGAGGUAGGAGUAGGAGACAGAAGAGCGGGUCCAGUCCACGGGAGGCAGUCACCAUGAAGACACCUCUGCUUUCCCUCCUCCUCCUCGCCCUCUGCUCAGGCGCGGCAUGGGGCUUCGAGUUCGUGUGCCCCAAGGCCGAGGGACAGUUCGCCAGCACAGAAAACUGCAGGAUAUUCUUCCAGUGUGUGGGCAGCCACCCGUACCUGCAGCGCUGCGCCGAGGGGUCUCUGUACGACGGCGUGAAGCACGAGUGUGUGAGCCGCUUCGACGAGACGCUGAAGUGUGGACCCCAGCCUGACGCCCCAAAGGAGGCGGAGAAGCCGGCUGACCCCUUCGAGGCCACUCCCUGUGACCCCAUCGAGUGCACGCUGCCCUACUGCUUCUGCUCGGAGGACGGGCAGGCCAUCCCCGGGGGUCUCCAGCCCAACCAGGUGCCCCAGAUGAUCAUGCUAACCUUUGACGGUGCUGUCAACGACCUCAACUACGAGACUUACAGCGAAAUCUUCCUCAGCAACCGCACUAGUCCCAAUGGCUGCCCCAUCCGAGGAACCUUCUUCGUCUCGCACGACUACACCAACUACCAACUCGUCGAGGAGUUCUACAGCCGAGGCCAUGAGAUUGCUGUUGGCUCUGUCAGCCGUCGCGCAGGCCUGGAGGAUGAAGGGGAGGAGACAUGGACGGGAGAGAUGGUGACAAUGAGGGAGAUUCUUUCUAAGUUCGCCGGAGUGCGCUCCGAGGACCUUAAGGGCCAGCGCGGACCCCACCUCAAGCCAGGCAGGGAGGCACAGUAUGAGGUCCUGAGUGCUUAUGGCUUCACCUGGGACUCCACCAUCAACAACCCGCCCAACCGCAUCCCCGUCUGGCCCUACUCCCUCGACUACAAGAUCCCCCAUGAGUGUCGCGCCGGCACCUGCCCCACACGAUCCUUCCCAGGUGUGUGGGAGCUGCCCAUGAACUCCCAUUUCAAGGACUUCCAGUUCCCGGGAGGCUUCUGUCCCUACCUUGACCAGUGCAAUUUCAGUUACCAGACAGAAUUUGAGGUCGUCGAGUGGCUCAUCUCAGACUUUGAGCGUCACUAUUCCUCUAACAGGGCACCGUACAUCAUGGCCCUCACAACAAACUGGUUCCAGACAAAGGUGCUCAAGGAUGCCCUCCACGCCUUCAUUGACUACACCAUGCAGUUUGAGGAUGUUUACUACGUGACCAUGACGGAGGCGCUGCAGUGGGUCACCACGCCCCAGGCCCUCAACGACCUGAGCCGCUUCCAACCCUGGAACUGUGAGCAGAAGUACUUCCCUGACCCACCCUGCCCUAAGGGAGAUAGCUGCAGGCUCAAGCUGGACCCCAAAUUUGACAACAGCACCAGCAAACCCUUCGGCACCAGGUACAUGGUGACCUGCAGAGGCUGCCCAAGAGUGUACCCAUGGGUGUGGGAUGCCACUGGACUGGGACAGGAGCAGGACACCUAUGUGCUCAACCCAAACACCAACCGUGAGACCGUGCUGGCGUAGUCCCCGCUCCCACCCACCCUCAUCCCUUCCUCAUCCCCACCACACCACAACACCAGGAAAGGAAACACUGCGACUCAUCCUCUGCAACAACCAUUGCUUUAACCAGAACAGUUUUUUUGUAAGAAUUGAGUAAAGAACUGUAAAUACUU